AUGCCUUCUAAAAAGGACAAGUCUCUGUCUAAUCUCUCUACCGUCCCAGAGAUUCCUGAAAUUUCUUCAUCAAAGCGCCAUGCUUCCACAGUUCCACCGAAGUGUGCAUCGCAUGGCAUGUUUUGGCUUUUACUCAUAGGCAUAGAAUGGCCAUAUGAUGAUGGUUAA